AUGGCGGUCGCCACCGAUCACCUCAUGCUGAAACUCCAGGGUUACUCGUGGCUCAAGGCGAUGCACGGCGAGAACGGCAGCUACAUCGAGUCAUCGGCGUUCGAGGUCGGAGGUCACACCUGGAGGAUCCGAUGCUACCUCAACGGCAACAACGAGGAGGACGCCGGCUUCGUCUCGCUGUAUCUGAACCUCUGUAGCGACUCCGUUGUCCACGCCGAGUACGAGUUCGCUCUGGUGCGUCACCAAGGCACGCCGCCGGCGUACGGUCACCAAGACAUGCUGAGCAAGAAGUCGCUGGGCUUGCGGACCUUUGGGGGCAAGGAUAACAACCGCGGCUGGGGUCGCCCGCGGUUCAUCAGCGUGAAGAAGCUAGAGCGGUCCAGGUUCCUCAAGGACGACUGCUUCGCCGUCCGGUGCACGGUCACCAUCGUCCAGGAGCGGACCGUGAAGGAGAAGGUCGUCGUGCAGGCGCACGACAUGGCGAGGCUGGGCCUGGGGAUGCUCUGCAAGUGCGACGACGACCUGUGCAAGCGCCAUCACGCCAGGCCUGCCGAGACUUUCUUGGAGACAUUUGCCAACUUCUGCUAUUCCAUCUGCCGUGGCCCCGUUUGA